CUCCAGUCUUUUCGAAGCUAACCACCCCCACUAGCAACCAUGGUUCGUAUGAGCGUGCUGGCCGACUGCCUUAAGACGAUGUACAACGCCGAGAAGCGCGGAAAGCGCCAGGUGCUCAUCCGCCCGAGCUCCAAGGUGAUCGUCAAGUUCCUGCAGGUCAUGCAGAAGAACGGCUACAUCGGCGAGUUCGAGAUCGUGGACGACCACCGCGCCGGCAAGAUCGUCGUGGAGCUCAAGGGCCGCAUCAACAAGUGCGGUGUCAUCUCGCCCCGCUUCGACGUCAAGCUGGCCGACUACGAGAAGUGGAUCAACAACCUGCUGCCCUCGCGCCAGUUCGGCCACAUCGUGGUCAGCACUACGUACGGCAUCAUGGACCACCACGAGGCCCGCCGCAAACACACGGGUGGCAAGAUCAUCGGCUUCUUCUACUAAGUUGCUCGACUUGACUGCGCCCAUCAUGACCUGACGCCCGCCCUAGUGCGAUCGAUCGAUCUCAGUUGAGUGGUCGUGCCAGGAGGAGGAAGGAGAGGAUUUGAGUGGAUUUAAUCCGCGUAGAGAGACUCGGCUAAUUUAACGGCAGGCUUCUUUGCGUUACGCCUCGGUGUUCUCGUUGUGGCAGUCUUGUGUGUGUGUGGGUGCCAUUGUUGGUGACUGUCGUGCUGCACGUAUGCACAUAUGUAGGCACGGUGAUGCAGCUAAGUGGCGCGCUUGUCUGGUCGCGACGCUAUUUCCAGUCGCGGUCAUGCGAUGCGAGAGGUUCGUUCACACGUUCGAGAGGCUGAAAGCAGGAGAGAAACUGAUUGAGUUGGGUCCCUAUUAAUACGCCGAUGCAUGCUGCAUGGAGUUCGCCACUACUGCGUAGUAAGUUACAGCGGGCGAGAGACAUCUUCAAGCUCCGGGCGUGCGUGCGGACCGAGGACUUUGCCGACCAGCUCCAGCCGCGCGCGAGUGAAUGCCUGCGCAGCGUCCUGGCCGCCCC